UCAGUUGUCAGAAAAGUCAAAUCGAUUUAAUUGAAAAAAAUUUCAUUUGUGUUUGGAUUUUACGAUUAAAGCCAGGAAAAUGUCUGCGAUACUCUCACAAGUUAUUCGUCGUCAAAUUGCUAUUAGCUUAAAUAGAUCCCAAGCUGGAGUUACUGCCGCCACAGCUGGCGAACACUCAGGUGGCUAUAAAGUUUGGAAGCGUCUUUCAUUCUUCGUUGCAAUCCCUGCUGUAGGUCUUUGCAUGUUGAAUGCCUACCUCAAGCAUCAGGAAGAGCACGAUCACCCUCGCGCAGAAUUCAUCAAAUACGAGUAUUUACGUCGUCGCGAGAAACGUUUCCCAUGGGGAGAAGGCAAUAAAAGCUUGUUCCAUAACCCCCAUGUCAACCCACUGCCUGAUGGUUAUGAACAUUAAUUUAUAAAGCGCAAUAGCUUGUAGCAAAACUAGGGAGGAGCAAACUAUCGAAAAUCUUGAAUGGACCAGCUCAAUUUACUCCGAGUAAUUUGUUGCUUUGGCUUACUGUUAUUUUAUGAAAAAUUGUAUUCCAUCAAUGAUUUUAUUAAUAAAGAAAUAAUUCCAUCGUAAAUUGGGAUAAAAAAUUCAAUAA